AUGGCGAAAUAUGUAAAUUCUAAUCCAAAAGCAUAUCAAACUAGAAGAAUCCAGCUAUCAGCCUGUCAUAGAUUACAUAGUCCAUCUUUGAGUGAUGCAGAAAAUAAAGAAAUCUAUGGAAAAUGUAAUCAUAUCAAUGGCCAUGGACACAAUUAUAUUGUAAAUGUAACUUUGUUUGGGGAGAUUGACACAAAGACAGGUAUGAUCAUGAACAUGACCGAUCUAAAAAAGUAUAUGGAAGAAGCCAUCAUGAAACCAAUGGAUCAUAAAAAUUUGGAUAAGGAUAUUGACUACUUCUCAACCAGGCCUAGUACGACAGAAAAUGUAGCUAUUUUCAUAUGGAUGAGAAUGAAAGAAAUAAUGCAAAAGCCUGAUUUGCUGUAUGAAGUGGAAGUACAUGAAACUGAAAAUAAUAUUGUGAAAUAUCGCGGGGACUAA